GAAAGGCGCCUGCGCGCGCCGCGCCGUAAGAAAGAGGGCACCGUCCGCUCCGAGCGCCGCUUCCGCCCAAGCGCAAAAUGGCGGCGCCCUUUGUCUGUUCCGUGUCACCAUGAUCGCCGCCGCCGCCGGGAUGAUGUGACGCUCGCGGGAUGGCAGCCAUGGACUUCCCGCACCACAGCCGGCAAGUCCUGGAGCAGCUGAACCAGCAGCGGCAGCUGGGCCUCUUGUGCGACUGCACCUUCGUGGUGGACGGCAUCGACUUCAAGGCCCAUAAGGCGGUGCUGGCGGCCUGCAGCGAGUACUUCAGGAUGCUCUUCGUCGACCAGAAGGACGUGGUUCACCUGGACAUCAGCAACGCGGCAGGUCUGGAGCACGUGCUGGAAUUCAUGUACACGGCCAAGCUGACCCUCAGCCCGGAGAAUGUGGAGGAUGUCUUGGCCGUGGGCAGCUUCCUUCAGAUGCAGGAGGUCGUCCAAGCCUGCAACACGAUGAGGGCCUUCUCGGCACCGGGUGGCCUGGAGAUCUCCACAGUGGCUGGGCAGGAGAAAACGACCAACAGCAGGCACAAAGCAGAGUUGGAAGCCCCCAGGGAUCAGGAGGAGCCGAUCUCCUCUAGCAGCCUCCAACCGGCCGAAGGGGCCCAUCCUGCUGAGGACCCGAAGGACAAGGCGAUAGCGGCGGAAGGGAGCGAGGCUGGUCAAAGGCCAGACGCAGGCACAGCGGGCCCCGGGGAGACGCCGGAGGGAUCGCCGGAGGAGCUGCAGUUCAGCCUCUCCCCCCACGAACACACCAGUCCCAGCUCCACUCUUCCUUCUCAGGCCAGGGAAGCUGGUGAGCACGAAGACCCUCCGACGCUGAAAGUCCCUGCAGAGAUGGAAGUGGAGCUGGAAGGCCACGAAGAGGAGGAAGACGAUCCACCCUCCGAGGCGGAGAGCAACGGCAAGACUGCUGGGGAGCCCAAACCGAUCCCCCUGACCAACGGCAGCGUCCCCGAGGACUUUGAGUCCGGAGGCAGUGACUCCGGGCAGGAGAACGCGGGAGAGGCCAGGCUGCUGCGCUCAGGAACGUACAGUGACAGGACAGAGUCCAAAGCGUAUGGCUCCGUGACCCACAAGUGUGAGGACUGUGGAAAGGAGUUCACCCACACGGGCAACUUCAAGCGCCAUAUCCGUAUCCACACGGGAGAGAAGCCCUUCUCCUGCCGGGAAUGCAGCAAGGCCUUUUCUGACCCCGCGGCCUGCAAAGCGCAUGAGAAGACCCACAGCCCCCUCAAGCCCUACAGCUGCGAGGAGUGUGGCAAGAGCUACCGCCUUCUCAGCCUGCUGAACCUGCACAAGAAGCGCCACACGGGAGAGGCCAGGUACCGCUGCGAGGACUGCGGGAAGCUCUUCACCACCUCGGGCAACCUAAAGCGCCACCAGCUGGUGCACAGUGGGGAGAAGCCUUACCAGUGCGACUAUUGCGUACGCUCCUUCUCCGACCCCACCUCCAAAAUGCGGCACCUGGAGACGCACGAUACCGACAAAGAGCACCAGUGCCCUCACUGCGAGAAGAUGUUCAACCAGGUGGGGAACCUCAAAGCCCACUUGAAGAUCCACAUUGCCGACGGUCCGCUGAAGUGCCGCGAGUGUGGGAAACAGUUCACGACCUCAGGUAACUUGAAGCGGCAUCUCCGCAUCCACAGCGGAGAGAAACCGUACAUUUGCGUGCACUGCCAGCGCCAGUUUGCUGACCCGGGGGCUCUCCAGCGGCACGUUCGCAUCCACACAGGUGAGAAGCCCUGCCAGUGUAUAAUUUGUGGGAAAGCCUUCACCCAGGCCAGCUCUCUAAUAGCCCAUGUGCGCCAGCACACUGGGGAAAAACCCUAUGUUUGCGAACGCUGCGGCAAAAGAUUUGUCCAGUCCAGCCAGCUGGCCAAUCACAUCCGCCACCACGACAACAUCCGCCCUCACAAGUGCAGCGUCUGCAGCAAAGCUUUUGUCAACGUGGGUGAUCUGACCAAGCACUUCAUCAUCCACACAGGGGAAAAGCCGUUCCUGUGCGACAAGUGCGGCCGCGGCUUCAACCGGGUGGAUAAUCUCCGCUCCCACGUCAAGACGGUCCACCAAGGCAAAGUGGGGAUGAACCUCCUGGAACCCAACGAAGGCGAUGAGCUCAAUAUCGUCACUGUGGCUUCAGAGGAGAUGGUGACGCUGGCCACGGAAGCCCUGGCCGCCACAGCGGUCACCCAGCUCACCGUUGUUCCCGUCGCAGCUCCUGUCACCGCAGACGAGACGGAAGCGCUCAAGGCCGAGAUUACCAAGGCCGUGAAACAGGUCCAAGAGGCAGACCCCAACACCCAAAUCCUCUACGCCUGCGAUUCCUGCGGAGAGAAGUUCCUGGAUGCCAACAGCCUGGCUCAGCACGUGCGCAUUCACACAGCCCAAGCCCUGGUCAUGUUCCAGGCGGACACAGACUUUUACCAACAGUACAACGCUACCACCGCUUGGCAUGGCGAGCAGGUCAUCCCGUCGGGAGAGUUACUCUUCCGGGCACGGGACGGCAGCGAAGCAUCGCCAGACUUGCCAGAGGCCCCACCGGCCGGAGAGUGAUGGCAGACGCUGCUCCGCCAACAAGACAGACGCCCGAAGGAGCACCUUGGGGUGGGGAGAAGAGUGGAGUGCCCCCUCGUGCCCUGAGAGACUCUGCUCCAACCAGCAGCAGCCUCCCCAUCGCGCUGAACGUUCCGGCAUCGCUCACAAACCGCUAUUUAAAGCCACGAGUGCUACAUGAAACUGAUGUACAAAAAAAAAAAUAUUUCUGUAUUGGAGAGACUACAUCUGUGUUAAUACUGAGAAGAGGAAAGAAAUAAAAAGGCUGUUAUUUUCUAUGUUUAAAGUGAAAAA